AUUGUGGGCAGAGCAUAGCUGAAAUUCACACUGUUUAUACAAUCUGAAAUUUUCAACUCAACUAUUGAAUUUGGGACACGGACCACUUUCUCUUCAACUUUCCAUUUGACAAUCACCAAUGGGAUGGUUAGGAUCGUCUGGCCAGUAAGACUUUUGUAAAUUAGCAUGCAUGUAUGCAGUGUGUUGGGUUGUGAUAAUGUUGCGAGUUGGGGGGAAAGCAUAUUGUAGAGAUAUGUUGUCUUAUUUAUGGACAUUAUGAUCACUUAAGUUUUCAGUUUCUACAACUAGGCCUGUUGUUCAGUGUUCCAAACCACCAAUAUGAUGGGCCAUGCCCCAUAUUGGUUGCCCAUGUACCAAUAACCAUUCAGUUUGGAAGAGCCUAGCCAAGAAUUCUUGGCCUUCAUUUGUUUUUGGAACACUGCUGUAUUAGAACUGGAAGCUUGAGAAAAUGAAAAUUGGACAAACGCCUCGUCUUAAUUUUCAUUCUUUUGAUUGUCCUGUCUAUAUAUAUGUUGGCAACUGGAUAAAGGGUCAGAACUUCCCCAUCUAAUCUGGAAGACUUAGAAUGCAUGGGCCAUACAUAGGCCCUCAAAUAAAUAUGGUUUGGACGUGUUUGGUUCGUCGAUGGCCCUGCUGAUGUGGCACGAUUUCCUGGAGCAAACGUGGCAUCUUGCAAGAAUCCAUCCUCUAGCAGAAUAUCUCCCAGACGAGCGAUCAGGGAAGCCUUUGAACCUUCCUACAUUGAGUUUGGCAACUAGUCUUGGAUUUCUGUUAUUUUUAGGGGAAGAGGAAGAUGAUCUAUGUUUCUACUUCGUUAAACUACAUAUUAUGAAGGUUAGGCUAUUGCAAGUUUUUUCAAGUGUUUGGGUGAUGAUGAAUAAACGGACUAGAAGAUUGUCCCAAAUGCCGGAAGAAGUUAGAGGGGAAAUAGAACCUUAUUUUAUCGAGCAUGCUGCUAUCUUGGAUGAGGACAGCCGAAAACUGCCAAAGCUCAACGAUAACUCUGCGGAUUACAUGAGGGCUUUGACAAACUGAAAGAGACAGUUGAGAAGUGGGAGGGCAUAGCAAAGGCACCGGCAUGAUUUAAUUUAAAGCUUUUUGCUAACAAAGACACAUACGAAGCCAUGGAUGAACUUGCAAAGCUGCAGAACAAGACUGCUCACCAGCUGGCCAUGGAAGUCAUACGCAACUUUGUUGCCGCCCAACAAAAUGGCAAAAGUGAAUGAUCAGCCCCUUUUUUCAGCUAUUGCUAUUUGUUGAAUAAAUACCAGUUCAGAUGAACUUAUCUUUUUUCUAAAUCAUGGAUGAGCUAGUGAGACUUAGUUGAAAAGAACUUGAGAUA